AUGCCACCCUGCACCCUCCCAGGAAGGCUGCCUGGGCUCAGGGGCCGGCGGGCCUGGUGCUCCUGGCUGCGUGCCCUCCUCCUGGGGCUGCUCCUCAGCUACACCUCCGUGCCCAUCCUCGUCCGCCUCUUCCCUGCCCUGAUCUCCAAAUUUGUCUUCCUGAACUUCUUGACAUUUCCCUUCCUCGCGGACCUGCGGCGGCCGGAGCUGCUGGUCAACAACACUGUCAACCUGUACCUCGACACCGAGCCGGGCAUCACAGUCGGCAUCUGGCACACGUUGCCCGGCAGCAGAGGGGCUGAGGCGCAGGGCAAGGACCAGCACUGGUACGAGGAGGCCCUUGGGGAUGCUCAUCCCAUCAUCAUCUACCUGCAUGGCAACGGGGGGACCAGGGCUUCCAGCCACCGCAUCCAGUUCUUGAAGGCGAUGGGGGCUGCUGACUUCCACAUCCUGGCUCUUGAUUACAGAGGCUAUGGGGACUCCAGUGGGCACCCCACGGAGGAAGGACUAACCACGGAUACCCUGGCACUUUACGACUGGGCCAAAGCGCGGAGCGGGAACAGCAGCAUCCUCUUCUGGGGACACUCCUUGGGGACAGGGGUUGCCACAAACGCAGCCAGGAAACUGCAGGAGGAGCGAGGGAUCCAGGUUGAUGCUGUUGUCCUGGAGUCACCCUACACCAACAUCCGUGAUGCAGCUGCUCACAUCCCCGUCACCAAGAUCUACCGCCAGUUCCCAGGCUUCGAGUACCUCGUCUUGGACUCACUGGCCCUGAACAACAUGUUCUUCCGCAGCGAUGAGAAUGUGAAGGUGCUGGCCUGUCCACUGCUCCUCCUGCACUCAGAAGAGGAUGCUGUGGUGCCGCUGCACCUGGGCCGCAAGCUGUUUGAGAUGGCACACAGCGCCUACAAGGACAAAACCAAGGUGAAGAUGAUCACCUUUCCUGAGAAGCUGGGCCUGGGCCAUGACUACAUCGCGUUCAACCCGGAGUUGCCUGCCCUGGUGAAAGACUUCUUGAACAUCAAGUGA